GACGGCAGCGCAAGAUUCAAAAUGGAUGUUCACAAAAGAUGCCAUCGAGCUUUGGACAAGCGCUGGCGCACAAUCGAGAAACUGCGUGAGCUAAAUAACCUCCAACAAGCGGUGUAUUUUGAGGAACAAGCAAAACCCCUCUUGCAAGAAACCUUCAGUUAUCUGCAUGUCGGAGCUCUAGAGGCACCUCAGAAAGGUUCGAGUGACCUGAAUGUGAAGUUGCUGGAGUUGAAGCGUGACAUCAUUGCAUUGGCUCAGCCCCAGCCUGAUGAUAGAACAGGGAUCGAUCUCAGUUCGAGGCUUUCACAGCAGCUCGAAAACAUUUUCAAGCGGGGCAAAGCCAUAUUGACUGGAAGCGUAACGGCUCCCAUAAACAUAUUUUCGGUGGACCGGAACUUGGCCGAAAGAGUGGAGGAAGAUGCUAGAAUUGACAGGGCACUGUUGGAAAUCCAGCUUGCAGCUGCAAAACUUCAAGCCCAUGCGGAUCGACUUCAAAUUUGAGAACAUUGCGAGCUUGGUUUUCUCUUUGAAAAUUAUUUCUCAUUAAAUGAGCUUUUUGAGGGA